GCUACUGUUCUUCGAUUUCACCCUACGAAAUGGCUGCUGUCUGGCGAGCCCGUAAAUUCCCUCGUAGUGUCGUCCGUUUCUCUGACCGUGAACUGUAAACACUUAACUGAAGGGACACUUCGUACACCUUAGAGCAAGAUCUGACGGAUAAACUAUUAUGGCUGAAUCCAAUAGGAUUUAUGAAGGUGGCACCGAAGAGGGGGAGGAUGAGAACACCGAUGACUCUCAUCUUAAAUUGGAGCUUAGUGCUUUCCGAGCACAGUGGAUGUCCGAACUCCUGCCCAGCACAGACUCCAGGGGGCUGAAGAGAGACCUGUCUCGAGCAGCUGACCUACGGAGAAGACAGGAGCUGGUCAGGGAGCAAAAGGCCAGAGAGCUGUUUCUAAGAGCAGUUGAGGAAGAGCAGAAUGGAUCGGUUUAUGAAGCCAUCAAGUACUAUCGUCGGGCCAUGCAGCUGGUACCAGACAUCGAGUUCAAGAUCAAUUACACCCACUCACCUGAUCCAGGUGAAGGUGUUGGAUCUUACCUAGAGGAGAGUGAGAGCGACUGCGAGAUAGACGACCUCCUCGUCUACUUCCAGCAGCAGCUUUCUUUGCCCGGCUCUUCCCCGAGGAUAUGUGAGCCUGAGAUGGAGCUCUCUCAGGUGCACAUCUCAGUGUUGCCCAGAGAGGUGCUGAUGUAUAUCUUCCGCUGGGUGGUGUCCAGUGAUCUGGACCUGAGGGCACUUGAACAGCUCUCUCUGGUCUGCCGAGGCUUCUACCUCUGUGCCAGGGACCCAGAGAUCUGGCGUUUGGCCUGCCUGCGAGUCUGGGGCCGCAGCUGCACCAAGAUGCUGCCGUUCUCCUCCUGGAGGGAGAUGUUCUUAGAGAAGCCCCGCGUGCGCUUCGAUGGGUUGUACAUCAGCAAAACUGCCUACAUCCGGCAAGGAGAGGAAUCUCUGGAUGGAUUCUACAGGGCCUGGCAUCAGGUGGAGUACUACCGGUACCUGCGCUUUUUUCCAGAUGGUCAGGUGAUGAUGCUCACCACUCCAGAUGACCCACUGGUCGUGGUUCCUCGUUUGCGAAGCAGCAACACAAGGAUGGACUCUGUUCUUUUUGGUCAUUACCGUCUAUCCCAAGACACAGACAAUCAAACCAAAGUUUUUGUUGUUGUCACCAAGAGGAAGGAGGAGAAGAACCGGUUCUGCAGGCGGAACCCUGCAACGGAUGCGGACCAUAGCUUCCAUGUGGGGCUGCAGCUGUCCUCUGGGGGGCGCCAGAGCUUCAAUAAGCUUGUGUGGCUCCACCACUCCUGCCACAUCACCUACAGAUCGACUGGAGAGACAGUCGUCACAGCUUUCGACAUGGAUAAAAUGUAUACGCCCUUGUUCUUUGCUCGUGUGAAGAGCUAUACUGCGUUUUCUGAGCGCCCCUUGUAGUUAGCGAAAGGGAUGCACGUUUGACUUACAAAUACCCACAGGUUUUCAUGCAGACCCCCCACAAAUCCAUUUCCUCCAUUUUCCUGUCCUCGCUUCCCAGCUAAGUAACGAUAUUGAUGAAUGUACUCCUGUGUAUGUGUGAAUAUAUUUAGCUUGCUGUACCUGUAGGAGUGGUUCCUGGCAAGCCCAUGUACUCGAAUCAAUAAUGCUGAACUGAGAUGUAACUGCUACUGAUCGACAUGUCAAAGCUACCACAGAACUGAACACUAUCGUCAAGAACCAUCAUGCUCACCACGUCGUGUACUGAACCUUUGCAUCUGUGUGUGUUCACUUGGUCUGAUAUUGAAUGCUCUCACAGUGUUCUGUGAAUUCUUCUACUUCCUGCACAUUGCAGGAGUGAAGAGAUCAUCAGAGACCAAUAAAAUGAAUACAUCUCUUC